CGCCGCCGCCCCCUCCCCUCCCCUCCCCCCCACAAAUCGCGACGUUUUGCGCGAUCGGUGUCUUUCCUCACAUUUGUAACAAGAUUCAUACAGCACAAGUACAUCGGUACAGGUUACAAUCUUGGCGGCGAAUUCCGUUGUGUUGAUGUACAAACACAACGUGCGGCACGGUCCUGUCCCUUGCGAUUGUUAAGCCUGUGGUGGUGGUAUAACUACCGUCUGCAAAACGUGUGCUUGUGCACGUUGUCGUGUUAAUUCAAAAUGUGUAACGUUUUGUGUAUGUGCCGGUACUGAUGUGCUAGUUGUCCAUGAUUGGUACUAGCGGUUUCAAGAUCUUCCUCUGCGGAGGAGGAGGAGGAGGUUCGUGAAGGACGCUGCCGUGCAGUUGGGCGAGGCCAAGAGGAGGCGACGCUCACAACAACGAGCGGAGCGCCGGGCGGCUAAAAUCGCAUAAAGUUGGCGCAGUAACAGCACGUGGCAGCUGCUGGGGCUGUCCAGUGACCUCCUGCCAGCGGUCCUUCGACAACUUCACGUGGCCUCAAAGUGCACCUGGCCUGGCACAGCCGCUGCGGUGACGUCACGGCCACUGAGCGGUCAUUGUUGUUGGUGGGUAGCUGGGGACGUACGCCUUUUGGCGUCAUCUGGUCCAACACCAAUGGAGACUAGGCUCUAAGAAAAGCUGUCUCGGGUGUGGACCAAUCAACUUCAAGGACAGUGCAUAUCAUCAUCAGAGUUGUUUCUUUUUGUUUGCAUUUUGACUACUUGUGUUGCGGUUAUUGCAAACAUGAUGCCUUGUAUGUACCAUUUGAAAGGGUAAAAACCUAUUACUAUAGCUGAGGCUGGUUUGUCGAUACAUCUGACUCCAUAGAAGUCGACGCAAAUGGGGCUGCUGCUGCUGUUGUAAUGCGACCACGUGUGUGCGUCUCGUCCGGCUAGCCGUGUCAGUGCAACUCGAUUUCGGCGACCGGAGAAAUUUCAAUCCACGGGCGGUCACCCGUGUGGUAAGUCCGCUGAUGGAUUAAGGGCCUCCUCCUUAAGCCCACGUGUGGGGUGAUUUGACCAUAUUUCACCGGGAGUUAAGCCGGGUCUUUUUUUGCUAGCGCGACAUCCCCAUCCUCGGCUUCCGAACGCUUCGCUAAUAAGGCGAUUGGAGUCGUGGGCUAUAUUUAAGUGCCGUCUUUCAAACUCGCCUCUUCAAUCUGGCCUUUAACCCCGCCUAAGUUAUGGCCCGUUUACCCAGCUGCUUCUGUUUUGUUUCAUGGACAGUGGCGUGUUGGGGUCUACGAAUGAAAUCAGCCUUAUAAACGUGAAUAAUAAUAUAAUUAUUGUUGUUUAGUAUUGACCACACGGAUACAGGCCGGAUUUUGCUAAAGCUAAAGAUGUGGCAACAUAGAAGUAGAGCACAGCGAUGGAUGUCGUGGACACUGCCCUCUGUUGCCCACCUGGCAGCGAUGUCUCGGCUGUAAAACCUCACACUUUCUAGCCAGAUAUAUUGCUGUGCGGCGGUUAUUAUACAUUUUAGAAGUCCACAGCUCAAUGCCAGUUUAAUCUACUCAGGCUGGUUUUUGUUGUUGCCAUUAUGAGCCAAGGGCUGACAAUGUGUGGGCCCUGUAGGUGUGCAAGGAAUUUAGAUUGAUUUUUUGACCUAACAGGAGGUCGAGACGGCUUUUAUGAGCAAUUUUCUAGCGAGGCUGAGUGCUCCUAAACGCUGAAUUUAGUAUAGAUAAUACGUUUAUCAGAAGAAAGCCCUGAAAUAUUUACUACACUGAAUUAGGAAAAAGGGUAAUUUGGUCCACUAAACACCCUAACAUUUAAAUUCAGUGGCCUUUAACAAGAUGGUAGCCCAUUGAGGUCUCCUUGUGUUUGAAGUAAUUUAACCAGGAGAGGGCACAUCGAGAUUAAUUAUCUUGUAAGCGAUAUACUUUAUUUAACCAAGUACAACGGAUAUUUCUCACUUGCGAGGAAAACUCUAUUGAUAGUCUAUUUUCACGUGGACGAUUAACCAUAAUUUCCAAUUUUACUUGUAAUCAUUUAUCACGUAGCAUUUGUGCCUUUAAAAAAAAUACCAAGUCUUUACCUAAGCAACGGAAAUGAGGUCUUUGAUGUCAAAUGUCAGUUCCUCCACAAACUGCCCAAAGCAUGAGCAAAGCCGAUUUUCACACGGGCCAACAAAAGCCGCAAGAACCACGGGGAAAUUGAGGCAGCAGUAGAACUGACAAAGGCAGGUCUUGCAGGUGCCAAUCUUGGCUGUGUCUGACACAAGUUUGAAGCUUUGCUAAUGGUAAAAAAAAAGUCUUUAAAAUCACCGCGAGACUGCAUUGACAUCCACCGCACGGAAACAAACGCCGUCAAGCCAUCGGUCACCCUAAACCAGAACAACAAAACUAAAACUGAAUGAACUGUAAAUGAAAUAAAUAAAAACUCCAAGUGAUUCGACACAAAUCGAAUGGAAGCUGGUCACCACCACCAUCAUCGUCACCAUCCAUGGGCAGAUAGUCCAUAGGUGUCCACUGCAUAUUUUGUCAUUUGUUGCCACUUUCCUCUCGUGCCAAUAUACUCAGGUAGUGGGACAACCUCCUGGCACUAAUCUCUUAUGUCGUCGUCAAGCUGUUCCCUGUGAGGUCUUCCUCUCUUCCCGGUUGGUUCCGUUUUUCUGAACAACAACAACAACACGUAGAAGCUGGUGAGAAUGAAGCAUUGAAACUGGAAGGAAAAAAUACGAAACGGGAAAAGUCCAACAAAUGAAAGCCGAAUCAAACGCCUGGGACAGAAACUGUAACCGGAUCACGAUGGCAUCGUCGCAGCAGCAGCAGCAGCCGUGCGGGCGCUACGUGUACUGGUCGGACAUGGAGACGCUGGCGCUGCUCUCCAUCAUCGAGGGCAUGGGCGUCGUGUCCCAGCUGGACGCCAAGCGCCAGCGCAACGCGCACAUCUUCGAGGCGGCGCGCGUACAGAUGGCGCGCCGCGGCUUCUUCCGCCCCAUCCAGCAGAUCCGCUACCGCUGGAAGACGCUCAAGAGCCUCUACCACAAGCAGAAGGCUGCCGCGGCGGCCGGAGUCAAGAUGACAUUCCGGUUUAUGAAGGGCAUGCAGCGACUGCUGGAGCCCGGCACGGUCACAGGGCCCUCUUCUCCUGCUCUGCCUCUGCCACCGCUGGAGGGGCCUCCGCCCACCGAGCCGUCACACGGCUCGUCCGCAACCGCUUCGCCAUUGGCAGGAGGCGGAAGUGAAGAAGCGGGAGCGGUGGCGCUGCAACGGCACCUGCACGAAGACAAACGCCCGCAGCAGCCACAGCUACUGAAGGAGGAGGAGGUUUGUCCAGCGGUGAAGGUGGAGCUGCUGGUGAUGGAGGAGGACGUGGAAGUGGGCAUAGAGGCCAGACAACAGCAGCACCAGCAGCAACAAGAGGAACAUUCGGGAGCGCCUGUCUGUGAGGAGUACGCACCCGGGAGCUUCAUAAGCUCAUCGGAUUCCCACAGUCUGAAGGAGGAGGCCGCGACUCAGCAGGCAGAGUUCGCAGUGUCCGUCAAGGUGGAGCUGGCAGAGGAGGAGGUCGAAGCCAGGGGUGGAGCCCAUGCAUCCGCCUGGGAUGACUUCUAUUCCACCACCACGUCGUCGUCGUCACAGCAGCAGCGACGACACCACAGAAGCGGGCGGCUGCUGCGGAGAGAAGGCACGCGGGUCAGGGGUCGUGACCCUGCCGCGACCCCCCCACCACCCCCGUGGGAGGACGGACUGCAUGGGGGUAACGGCAAACGCGUGCGAGCGCGCAGUGGCCGCGCGUCCCCGUCCCUGCAGCAGGAGCUGGUGCUGCUGAUGCGCGAGCAGGUGGCGCUGAUGCGCCAGCAGCUGCUGCUCAUGCGGAGGCUCGAGCGCAGGGAUGAACGGCGGCGCUCGUGGCGGACGCGGCGCGGCCUCCCCCCCCGCGCCGGGUCCCUCUGUUCCACGCCGGGCCUCCCGCCCGGCCGAUCGCGAGGGCCCCCGGGCCCCCGCGGUCGACACGGCCCUCCGGAUCCCAGGACGCCUCUCGCCGUGGAGACAUCGAGGGCGGACGCGGGCGGACGAGGAGUUCGCCCUGCGAUGGAGGCAGACCGCGCCGCCAGAGGUCCUGACGAACAGACGGCUGCCGCUACGGGCAAGCUGAGCGUCUGAGACGGAAUAAAAAACUCCUUGAGGAAUCGACUAAAAAAAAAGAACACUAAAUUUUUUUUAUUUUACCAGGUAAGGCCCACUGACUCGUAUAGCUCUUUUUCAGAAGUGACCUCGCUGUCACAAAUGAUAGCGCAACCAAGUGGCUUAUCGUGUGGACAUUUACAGCAGCCAAAUACUCUGAACUCGUGUUGAUUCUGAAUGCGGAGGAAAAAAGCGGAGGACCUGGAGAAGAAUCCACGCAACCACAGGGAGAAAUAUGCAAGCUCCGAAUGUAGGCGUCAAGGUCGGAAUCGAACCCACAGCCUCCUGUAUACCAGGCGAGGGAUUUAACAUCUUGCAGAUUCGUGCAGCGUCUUUGUAGAAUCAGAAUCUUUAUUCCUGGAGAAAUCCGAUGAGCUAUGAAGCUCUUUUUUCACAGAUGUCCAGUAGGGGCAGGUCAGAACGUGACAACAACAAACGGUGCAAAAACACGAUAGGAGUUCAACGUAUGGGAAAGGUAAGCAAAUCACCAAUAAAUAAAUACAUAAAAUAGAUAAAGUAUAUAAGUACAAAUUGCAUAAGUGCACCAACUCCCAAGCUUUGGCAAGGCAGCAAAACAACAGCAAGGAACAAUUCCAGACCACAGCAAGCUAACAAACGCAGUCCCUCAAUAUCCAACAGUAUCCAACACGAGAUUGUCUUGAAGCGAUGAACUGCUGGCAGUGCGGAAGCCGACGGGGGGUAUCUGUUGAGGCAAGACUCGUCUUCGUAUCUGCGACGUCGAUUUACCACCGAUUUGUGUUUCCCAAGUUUUGGACAAUACGCGAAUCACCGUGGCCAAUUGUCUUCAAUAGUAGCGAGUCGGUGAUAGCAACACAAUUUGACACUUUAGUUGAAAUCGUGCAGAGGUACCGAACUGUUUCCGCAUAGAACGUGAACACAUGCAAAAAACACACGAACAGUAAAAUAAAAUAUGAAUUACCCUAGUCUCUCCACAGUGCUGACAUUUACGCCUUGCACCAGGAGAAUGUAUGAUUGUUGAACUUCUUUCGCACCGUACAUAGCCAAGCGUGCUAAUCGGAGGUGCGGAGAAGCUCACGACCAGUGCUGUUUUCACGAUUGAUGUUAGCCAUGGCCAGGAAUCGAACUUGGACAUCGACGUCUGUAGUGCAGAUCGCUGACCAUCAUUACAGCACUACUCCUCACUGCACCACAAGGAACACGUGAAUGUAUAAAUUAAUUGGACUGCACGUGUGUGGGUGUCGGCUUCGACAGAAAUGAGCAAAUAUUGAUAAACGUGGUCUUCAUUGAAAGGUCAGAGGGCAACGGAAUUGGCUGGGUGACCCUUGACCUUGAGAAAUGAAAAUGUGUACUGCUGCAAGGACUGACCCACCAACUGAGAUUGCUACGAAACACUCCGCAUCGCUUUUAUUUUUUCCCUAGCUGUAGAUUUUUCGGUACAGCCGCGGUGCAAAAAGAGAACGUAAUCGUGAACUGAACCCCACCAUCACCACCACCGCCACCCGCCCGACAAUUUGACAAUCGGACGCCGUAGAUCGAAAGUAACGGAGGUGUUGGUCAACCAAUCUGUUACGUUUAUUUCACUAAUUGUUUAUUAGAGAGCAUCGUCGCUGAGUUUUGCCGUGGUAGGAUGGACUUUUAGCACUAUCCAAGUGCACUCGAACGUAUGUACAUUGAAAUUCUUUUGCAUCGUACGUAGCCAACCGUGCUAAUCGGAGGUGCGAGAGAAGGACCACAAACUAAACACAAAAAGCAGUUGUAUGGGAAUGAGUUUUAAAUCUAGAUUUAAAAGUGCACAACUCCAGUGGUUUCUUAAUAUCGGAAUAGCAUUUCAGAUGGCCGCAGAAACACAUCUGAAAUCAUGCGAUGCAGUGACCGUCUUUUGUUCGAUGGCAAGCCACAAGCCGCUGUGAGGAUGCCCGGAGUUUGUGCGAUGGGUAAUGCUCUUUGACGAGAUGUAACAGGUUCGGAGAUUGAGUUCUUUCAAACAUAAACUCACAGCCCUUUGUCAGUUCAUUACAGUAUGAAAGCCACCCCAUGCCAUGUCGCCACAUUGGUCAUGAGGGUUUUGAGCAUACUUCACCACGCUGGUCAGUGCAGGACAUGCAGGACCAUUUCAGAUAUCAUGCGCCAUCGAUGUUAACCGUGAACGGGAAUAGAGAGCACCCCCUCCAGAUUAUAUAGGGUAUCUUGGCCUACUCUUGCACGCUGGCCGGACGCCUUAGGGGAGGGUGGGAGUGCUCACACUUUACUCCACCACACGCGACAACGGCCAUUUAUACUGCUUGGUAGACAUCGAUGGAGGGGGAUUUUAAAAUAAAAAGACACGUGUUCGUUGUUUAAACUGCCGCACUGGGAGAUGGAAUCGAGCCGGCGACAACUGGAUUGCAAGUCCGUUGUGCCACCUAGGGAUAACUGCAAUUUUUCAUUAUACGAUUUUAAUACAAUGUUACAUUUGACGAUCUCAUGAUUUGUCGUAAUAUCAAUUUUACCUAUAUUAGAAGAAAAAGUUUUGCUGGCUGGCGUGGACGGAUGGGUCGCGUCCAACGGAUGUGCAGGCCUCCGAGUCGUUCAAGAAGAUAGCUUGAAAGUCGGUAAACUGCAGUUCACUCGGCAUGAACCUGUUAUGGGAAUUUCCAAUGGUUCUUCAGAAUCUACAGUUCACCCUCAACGCACGUUGCUGUCAGAUGACGUAGCAUCAUCAAUGUGUGGUCAGUUACGCCGGAGAACGUUUUUAAAAAGCGCUAAUUUAACGGGUGACGGUAUUUUGUUUGAAAUAGCUAAAAACUUUUAUUAAGAUUGUGUACAAAAUACAAUAAUUGCCGCAGUUUUGCAAUUUCAUAUCUCGUCAGGGAAACGAAACGUUUUUAAGGAACUGAAUUA